AUGCUGUCAUUGCGCCUCGGCCCAGAGGAAUUUUCUGCCUCAGAACAUGCGCUAGACCUGCCAACGACGAGACGGUGCACUGCGAUCAGCAUAACCAGUCGUCGGGAGCGAUACAGCACAACCGGUUGUCUAGGCAACAGAACUGCAAUUCCAUCUACCUCAACGCCUCGUAGCGGACGCCGAAUCCGGACAGAGCUAGUCAGUUCUUUGCUCCGACUCAUCCUCCUCCACUCCAGUCUGGCCCAUCGCAACACUGUCAGUCCUACUGUAUAUCCUAAUUGA